AUGGGUUUGUUGUUCACAAAGAAAGUAUCUUUUGAGCGUCUUCUUCUCUUGUUCAACAAGUUCAUUGGAUGGAGAAGACCGGAAAAGAGAGUCGGAAAAAAAAGAGAAUCGAAAGCAACGUCCUUACCUCUGGAUCUAAUAUUCGAGAUACUUGAAAGGCUGCCUGCGAAAUCUGCUGUGAAGUUUCGCUGCGUGUCGAAGCUCUGGUCUUCCAUUACCACUCUUCCAUCUUUCAUUAGGUCGUUCGAUGCUCGGUCCUCGGCAACAGGCCCUCGUCUUCUCAUCGUGUCACGUACCGACAAAUACAAUCAGCGGUUCGUUUUCUCCAUACCACAAAACCAGAAUUCGGACAACCAGCCUGUGGUCGACAGUUAUGAGAUGACAAUUCCAACAAAUUAUUGCUUGUCAUGCACCGAUUCCGUCCACGGCUUGAUCUGCAUCACAAGACCACGAAGGGUCGAAAUUUGGAAUCCCACCAUGAGACGCGUCGCAACCUUACCUAGACCCAAAACAGGCGGGAAAGACACUCACGGAUUUUUAGGAUACGACCCGAUCGAUGGUACAUACAAAGUCCUGUGUAUGCCUACUUUUCAUCUUAGACAUAAAGGCAAAUAUCAGCCUCUGGUUUUUACAUUAGGAGGAGCUCAAGAUUCAUGGAGAGUCAUCCAUGGUGUCACUGAACAUUACCCUUUACAAUGUGGAAAAUGCAUUAACGGGGUUGUGUACUAUGUAGCCUCUCUUGAAAUUGAUGGCGCUGCUUGGUUCUUGGUGAGCUUCCAUGUCAGAUCUGAAAAGAUGAGUAUGAUCCAAGUACCAUGGAGUCAUAAUCGUGGUUUUCUCUCCCUUUACCAGGGAAAGUUAGCUCGUGUUACUUCAAAUGCUGAUGAUAUCACAAUGUGGAUCUUGGAAGAUGCAGAGAAACACGAAUGGUCGUGUAAACAUUUCCAUCUACCAUUUCCUAGCAAUGAUCCAGUUUCAAAUACCUUUUUAAGACUAAAAGGCGUCAAUGAUGCAGACGAGCUUAUCUAUGUACCACGUAAAUUGGUAAAUCCGUUUCAUAUUCUAUAUUAUCACCCAGGUAGAAACAGCUUCAGAAGAGUCAUUGUUGAUGGAGUUGCGGAUGAACAAUUUAUGCGCCGUAAUGGACUUGAUGACAAAACGUCUCUCAUUACUAUAUCUGCUUAUUCCAAUCACAUAGAUACUCUCCUGUCUUUCUAA